GCUGACAGCCUAGAGAAGGAGCCAGUACCCAUGGAAAUGCAGCCACCUGCACCACCUGCAGGCUCAUUGCCCCACCGGCUUGGGUCCUACUCAGAGAAGAGGGUCCCACCACCAGCCAGUUCUUCUGAGGCUCCGCAGGGGCUGGAAGCUGCUUCUGCCUUCAGUGAAGGCCUCUCCUCCUCUCUGCCAUCCAUGGACACUGAGAAGAGAGGCUGGUCCCAGGACAGUGAUGCUUUAGAGGCCGUUCCGAAUGAACCAGAGCCUAUCGUGAACCUAACAUUUGUGAAGAAUGAUUCAUAUGAAAAAGGGAAUGAUUCUAUGGUUGUGCACAUUUAUGUGAAGGAGAUUCACAAAGAGACAUUCAGGGUUCUUUUCCGGGAGCAAGACUUCACACUGUUGUUCCAGACGAGUGAUGUCAACUUUCUGCGACUACAUCCAGACUGCAGCUCUCACACAAUGUUCAGGUGGCAAGUAAAACUCAGGAACCUCAUAGAGCCCGACCAGUGCACGUACAACUUCACCACUGCUCGCAUCGACAUCUGCCUGAAAAAGCGGCACAGCCAGCGCUGGGGGGGCUUGGAGGCUCCUGCCACACGAGGUGCAGUGGGUGGUGCAAAGGUUGCCAUACCAACAGGCCCUACCCCUCUGGACAAAAGCCAACCUGGGAGUAACCAGCACCCACUGUCCACUAAGGAGGAGGCAAGAGCGGGUGAGAAGGAAAAGCCACGGACCGAGGACACUGGUCUGGACAGUGUAGCUGCUCGGACAGUGUCAGAGCACGUGCCGGUGAAGCAGGAGCCACAUGUACCCUCG